UGACUUCCGGUCUCGGUCUCGCACUGAAAUAGAAAAUGGCGGCUUUCGGACGCGUUUCGCAGGCUCUGGUGAGGUCCAGUUUGAUUCAGAACCGGCGACAGCUUUCUGCUGUUGCGGGAGGCCACGGUGAACAAGCAGCAAAGACAUGGAAGGUCCUUUCUUUCGUGGUUGCCCUUCCUGGCGUUGCUGUGUGCAUGCUCAACACAUUUCUGAAGGAACAACACCACGAUCAUGAACAGCCAGAGUUUGUUGCAUAUCCCCAUCUCCGAAUUCGCUCUAAGAAAUUCCCAUGGGGUGAUGGAAAUCAUUCACUUUUCCACAAUUCCCAUGUGAAUCCUCUACCUGAUGGCUAUGAGGGUCAUGAUGAGUAGACUCUUCCUCUAAAAAACCUCAUAACUGGCUUGGGACCAGUCCUCACUCCGCUCUGUUCUGGACCACAUGCUGAGCUACAGUUUACUUUUCUUUUUGUUGUUUACCAAUGUGCUUGAUGUAUUAAGCACCCAAACUUACAGUUCAUUCUUACUUGGACCAUAUGACAAAACUUCCUGUGUAAAUUAAACAUUAAUAAACUUAA